AGAUAUGACAGAAGUUGUACAUAUUAAAGAUAGGAAGGAAGCAAUUCAUGAGUUAAAAUACUCACCAGAUGGAACUUACCUUGCGGUUGGCUGCAAUGACAACUCAGUUGAUAUAUAUGGAGUUGCUCAGCGUUAUAAAAAAAUUGGCGAAUGUGUUGGAUCACUUAGUUUCAUCACUCACUUGGACUGGUCCUCAGAUAGUAGACAUUUGCAGACAAAUGAUGGACAUGGGAAAAGACAUUUUUAUAGGAUGCCAGGGGGAAAGGAAGUAACAAGUAAAGAAGAAAUAAAAGGUGUUCAUUGGGCUUCAUGGACAUGUGUUUCAGGAAUUGAAGUAAAUGGAAUUUGGCCCAAGUAUUCAGAUAUUAAUGAUAUAAAUUCAGUAGAUGGAAAUUAUAUUGGCCAAGUGUUAGUUACAGCUGAUGACUUUGGAAUUGUGAAAUUAUUCCGAUAUCCAUGCUAUAAAAAAG